AUGCCGCCCUUCUGGACAAUCGGCUGCCUCUACGGCGCCUCCAGCGUAGUCCUCGGCGCCUUCGGCGCCCACAGCCUCAAGACCCGCAUCGCAGACCCAGCGAAACUCGCGAACUGGAGCACUGCCGCACAGUACCAGGUCAGUCUUCCCACACCCCUCGCGUUCACACGCCCCCUGCCUUCUCAACCCACACCCUCGCCCCUUACAGCUCAUGUUCACCCGCGCUCACUUUCCCCUCCUGGCUCGCACACCACCCUCAUCCACUCCACAGUCCUAACCUUCGCCUCCGUCGUCGCCCCACAGAACACCCUCGCGAUGGGCCUGCUGACGGCGGGCAUGACCAUGUUCUCCGGCAGCAUCUAUCUGCUUGUGUUGGAUGGGCAGCGGUUCAAGGCGUUGGGGCCGGUUACGCCGCUGGGCGGGCUGUGUUUGAUUGGGGGGUGGGUUGCGCUUGCUGUGAGGAGGCCGGGGGUGGGAUUGGGGGGUGUGGCGGGGGCGGGGAGGGUGGGGAGAUGA